GAUACAUUAAAUGGGAUUUACAGGCUCACAGACCAACUUAAUCGAAAGGGAUGAUGCCAACUUUAACCUCGCACAUACCAGUACCACGGCCGUCCUAUUCCCAAGCCAGGGAGAACCUGGUGAAGGCUAUUCCCCCCAAGCUCCUCUGUCUGCUGGCCUGCGGUGGAAUAGACUGCCGCUAUGAGGGACCCGUCUGCUGGAAAUUAAACCAACAAGUGAUCCGAGGCCUUUUCUCCUCCUGGGUGACGGAUGACAUCAUUGCCAUGGCGCGGCCCUCCAACCAUCUGAUUGAAAAGUACAACAUCAUAGAUCAAUUUCACAGGUUAAACAUUAAAUCUGUCAUCAACAUGCAGCUCCCGGGGGAACAUGCUCACUGUGGACCUCCUCUAGACCCGGAGAGCGGUUUCUCAUACUCCCCUCAGAUCCUUAUGGACAACGACAUUUUCUUCUACAACUUUGGGAUGCCAGAUUUUGGAGUUUCCACUCUUGUCAGUAUGAUUGAUGCCGUGAAAGUUUUGACCUUUGCUGUGAAGGAAGGAAGAGUCGCCGUGCACUGCCACGCAGGCCUGGGCCGGACAGGCGUCCUGAUAGCUUGUUACUUGAUCUACACUUUGCGCAUCAGCCCAAGCGAGGCCGUCCACUUCGUGCGGAUCAAGCGUCCUCGCUCGAUCCAGACUCGGGCUCAGAUAAGCCAGGUGUUUGACUUUGCUCGCCUGCUCGGCACACAGCUGGUGCAGUAUCCAGACCUGAGCCUGAGGCACGGGGUCCCGUUCACCCUGCAGCACUACCUGAACCGGCAGGCGCUGCUGCUGCACGGCCAGGAGGCCCGCAAGCUCAGACACACGCCGAAGGUGGUGUACCUGCUAUGCGUGCACCUUUCCUGCUUGGCCCUGGGGCUCCCCUCUCCUCCAGAGGUCCAUGCUGAGCUGGAGAAGCGGUCAGCACUGAGGACAUUAAGCGGCACUGUGAAAGAAACCCUGGUUUCCAAGCAGUACCUGCCCUUGCUGAGGGAAAAUCGCAAAUGCUCGUGGGCGGGCUCGGGGUCGGUGUCCUCCUGGGAUGAACCGCUGGGAUUCCUCGAGAGGAAGAGAGAGGUGCUGCUGGACAAACGCAGCUACAGCGACUCUGACCUCAGCAAGAUCACAGUGAAUGAGGACCUGAGGCUGAGCUCGUACGGUACCACUGCACUCAGAAGUGACAAGCAAUGGUGUGUGCAGGACCUGAUACAAGCAGAUCUGCCAGUCAGUCCAGUCCAUGCCCCGCGUUUGUCAGACCACCAAACUAAAAAAAAGGAAUCUUGCGCACUCAACGUCACAACAUCGAACACAACGGCAAGGAGCGGCUGUGCUAAGAGAUCAAAAUGUGCAGCUAAGAAGAGUCUUCUCAAGUAUAGCUCCAACAUGGAGUUAUACAGAAAUCCGCAUCAUCCAAGCCCAACCUCCAUGGCCCGUCCUGUUGCUAAAGCGAUGGCAGAGCCAGGUCCUCCAGGAGAAACCGUUCUGCAGAGGUCUGCUUUACUGCAGGAGGAGCUGAACAGCAGCGAGUGUGGCUGGGCUCUGCUGGUCACCGAGUUAGACCCUCAUGUCCUCUGCUGCCUCUUAUGGACCUGGCUGGAGAAGUUAAGGGAUCCUGUUCUGAGCGCUGAGGAUGUAGAAAAGUUGAGUGUUGGAACGGGUAACAGAAGACCCCUCACUGUGCUCAAAAAGGCGCAGAGACACACCAUCUAUUGUCUGCUGAGCUGCGUGAGCACAGUGACCAGCCUGUGUCCUCACAGAGAGGACGCAGUGCUGCACCGGCUGAUGAGGGCACUUACAAGGCUGCAGACAUGUAACAAGAACCUGCAGCAGUGA